AUGGCAUCAGCUUCCAAUGACGUGCUUUCUUGGACAAACCAGGAUUCUCGAGAAAGUUUGCUGUUCAACUCGUGGGGUAUUCUUUACCGAUUCCAGACCAGCACUAGCCAGAAUGGCACGAGCGUUACCACUAUGUGGCGCACCCUCCGACCCAACAAGGAGGAUCGUAUCGCGAAACUCGAGUGGGCACCAAAUGGCGGGCUUGGACGCGUCGUGAUGGGCAAGAACAGCUUGCGAAUGGUUGACCUAGCGCGACCGGAGCCUACAAUCUACGGUGCGCGUUGCUUUACUGGACCUGAUGGACUUCAAUAUCGGUGGAGACCGAGUACCACGAGCGUGGAUGUGGUGCUGCAAGAUCCUAACGGUGAAAUUAUUGCGUUUUUCCGACCGACCCGGCAAACUCGAUACCAAAUCGGAGACGUCUAUGGCGAACUUCAUUACAUCCGAACAGCUGGAAUGGGUACAGUGAUGCACCCACCCAUGAUGGAUAUGGUGACACUCACUGCCAUGUUAUAUCGCUUCUGUGCGGCUUGGAAUCUCUGA